GGAAGAGCAGCCAGUGCUCUUAACCCCUGAGCCAUCUCUCCAGCCCUAGGCUGUCAUUCUUAAUUUUCUUCUCUAUUUCAUCACUUUCAUUGAUACAUAUAUGGUAGAAAGGAAGGUUAUACUGAGUCUUAGUGUGAUAGGAAGUGUCAGGGUCCGAUGCUAGCCCAGACCCUCAAUUAUUCCUCUUGACCAGACCCCAACAUAAACUCUCUCUCUGGAUCGGCGUGGAGGCGCGGGAAUAAAGACACAACUCACAUGGCUUUAUUGGGAGGGAGAGUCUCAGUGGUCCCUCAUGAAAUCCUGAGUUCACAUCCUGAAGAAUUCCUCCGGUUUUAUUCUCCAAACAGCUUUUAAAACCAAACAGGUUUUAUUCUCCAAAACAUAAACUGAGUGGGAAAUACACCAGCAUUCUGUCCCAUAGAUAACCAGGUGAAUGACUUUUUGUCACAUCCGCAUCUACCUGUCUGCUGUGUAUGCUAGCUGUCACGUAGACUUGAAUUAACAUCUCUAUCGGGCAUCCUCCAAAUUACAAAGAAAGGAGCAACACGGUAGGCUACUGACCACCCUCGGAUACUGACUGUGGCUUACACCCUGGUGAGGAUGGCAGCCAGAAGACAUGUGGAUAGCAUGGAGUGUGCUUGAGGUACUGAGGUGUAGCCAGGAUCCAAGCAGUCACUGUUAGUGAGUGAUCUGGGCAAAGUGGAAAUCGAGGGCAUAAGGUCAGUGUUCAGAGGGUCUGAGAGUUCCACAUUCAGGGUUGGUUUGAGGGGCCAGGCACACAGAGUGAGUGAGACCCAGUUCCCUGCAUACAGCUUGCCUUCUGGUGAAGGUCAACAAGAAACAAGCAUGGACUGAAGUUUCUGGGUUCCAAGAAUGAAUGUCAUUCACCAAUUUCCCACGUGCAAGAGAUGAUUCAAGCAAGCCUGGUUUCAACUCAUCAUCUUUCUUGGGCUCUGAGAGUGCCUCUGGAAUGGUUUAAGACCCUUUGAACUACAUGUUUUCUUCUUCUGAGAGGCCACAGAUGGUAUCUCCGGUGAGUAAGGAUACCAUGGAGGGUCUACAGAAAGCGGCUGGUGCUUCCGAGGUUCAGGCUCCAGGGGAGCAGGAGUUGUUGCCAGCAGGCCAAGCUCAGGUACACACUGAGAUGGCCAAGUACCAGGCUCCACAGCGACCCGAAGACACGGUCAUGAUCCAAUCCGAGCACAGUGGAGCUGUCGACGUCCUCUCGACAGAUUUGGAGUCUGCAGAUCUUCUGGGGGAUCACAGGAAAGUCUCUCCACCACUGAUGGCGCCUCCAUGCAUCUGGACCUUUGCCAAAGUGAAGGAAUUCAAAAGCAAGCUGGGUAAAGAGAAGAACAGCCGUCUGGUGGUGAAGCGGGGAGAAGUGGUCACCAUCCGGGUUCCCACCCAUCCCGAGGGAAAGCGCGUCUGCUGGGAAUUCGCAACUGAUGACUAUGAUAUUGGGUUUGGAGUUUAUUUUGACUGGACCCCGGUAACCAGCACUGACAUAACUGUGCAGGUCAGUGAUUCUAGCGAGGAUGAGGACGAAGAAGAGGAAGAGGAGGAGGAGAUCGAAGAACCCGUCCCUGUCGGAGAUGUGGAGAGAGGCUCCCGGAGUUCUCUACGGGGUCGCUAUGGGGAAGUCAUGCCUGUGUACCGGAGGGACAGCCACAGGGAUGUGCAAGCUGGCAGCCAUGACUACCCUGGAGAGGGCAUCUACUUGCUCAAGUUUGACAACUCGUACUCCCUGCUGCGCAACAAGACUCUGUACUUCCACAUCUACUACACUAGCUGAAGGAUGCUAGGCUGGGGCAGGCUGUGUUUGCUGGCUGAAGCAGGCUGCCAGCUGGUGCCUCUUGUCUAUAAGCAAGGGCCUCAAGUUCUGUGUGAGGCUCGCAAGCCUCGUGCCCUGCCUGGCAUGCCUGACUACUGACCCCAUGUAGCUUCUCCCCUUUCUUGGCUUCUGCAGGUGGUGGUGUAGUACUCCUGUCCUGUGGCCCCAACUCACGCUCUCGUUUCAGACUCCAGCAAAACCCUCUCAGAAGGCCCCUGUGAGGCAAAAUGAGGUAGAAGGAUGUCUUUGAAAAAUUGAUCCACGCUGGUACAGCUUGUCAUUCAGGUGGACGCCCACUCUUCUCCAGAGCCUGUAAUGCCGAUAUACGUAGCAGCGCCUGCCCUCUUACAUGUCGAGGUGCCAAAGAGGGAAAAGCACAUUGUCUAUGAAAGAGCCCAAUACCUUGGAUGGGGAACGCUCCAUCCAGCCUCUCAGCACUGCCAUAUUCCUGCCUGCUGGGCAUUCUAAGUCUGUAGCUCAGGCUAGAAGCCCUCACUGCCUUGGAUGGAUAUUAUUACUCCUACUGGGUAGACCUUCCUCCUUUCUCUGCACCAAGUCUCUAUUUAUGCCAUACAGCAAGAACUUCCGAGCUGUGGUCAGUGUCCUAAGAUCUGGGAAGAAAAGCGGCCUCCCUCACUUGGUGUCUCCAGAGCUCUCUCCCUUACUAAGGGCGCUGGUGGUUGGUACAGCAAGGGUGGGCGGUAGGCACUGGAUUAUCUCAGAAGCUGCCCUUCUGGAAGUCAAGUACUAGUUGUCGUCUGGUGUGCUGCCCCCCACCUCCCACCCCGUCUGUAGGCUAGGAGUGUUAUCUAGAAAGUUUCUUUGGAACCAAAUACAGUGAAACCCAAUCAGGUUUGCAGUGAUUCUGGGUUUGUGUUUCUUCCACUGAGGGUGUAAACGUAUGGCGUUCACAGUCCUUAGGGAAAGUCAUGACGGCAUUUUGCUCUUGCUGCUGACUGUGUGUGCUCCUGACCUGACCAAAGCCUGUAGGGACAGCCUCCUGCACUCCGUCCAUCCAGAGGGUCUGGAGCCACAGAAUGGAGUCAUGUUGCAGCGGGUGGCCACAGCGCACCAGAUGCUUGGGCUUCAGGUGGAGAGGGCAGACAGUGAGGCGUGGACCUCUGCAGUCCUCUGCACCCCUUUGUCUCUUCCUGUGUCGUCUGCCAUCCUUCUGAAUUUUGAAUCAUUAGGUUUAUUUAUUACUCUGUGUUUUUUCAAGCACAUUUCAGUUUACCUUUGAAACAGUUCCCAUCUGUUUCCCAUUGCUUUCCAUCUGCUCUGAGCCAUUCAGGCCACCUCUUCCAUGGCGUUCAAGACGAGUGUCGAGCUGGGAAAAUGAUUGUGCAUGUCAUUCCUGCAUGCCAGCCGCCCUGUGAUGUUUUGGGAAGAGCCUGCCCUUUCUGAGAAGGCCGACUCUAACCUUGUCCGUGUGUAGGUCUGUCUCAACACUCCCCGUGAGGAAUGGGUGUGAUGGAAGCCCUUACAUGGAGAUUGACUUAAGGAACUGAUGAACCUGUCAGUGGUCAGCCAAGCACCACGGUUACCAGAUGUCAGAGUCUCCUCCGACGCCCUCCUCAUAAUGUUUCCUUUGGCACAUUUCUUUAUCAUGUGCUUGCCUUGUACCGAGCCCCUCUGUCCUACUGGAGCGAUCAUUCCAAGAGCAGCUGAGCUGAAGCUGAAUCGUGUUUUCCCUGGUCGAGUGUAAUCUUUGUAGAAACAAUCUUGGGAGCUAUUUUCAAGUCAGCGGCAGUCCACUUACUUUUCCUGUUCUCCUGUCCCCAACUCCUAGCCCACUCUCAGAAGGGCACUGUCCGGCCCCAGUUAGCACUGCCCCAGGGCUUUUGCUGUGUCUUGUCUUUUGUUCUUAUCAUGAGGUCAUGGUGGUUUACUUUCUUGGAGCCCCAGUUCCCUUGUGCCAGGGAAGUCUGUGGGCUUCUGAUCCCUCUGAUGUGCCUGUCGCUGGCUGGUCAUUCUGUGACAGUUAUUUCUUACUUCAGCAGGGUUUUUGUCUCAUGAACAUAAAAUGGCUAAAAGAAGACAUGUCCACUGUAUGAUGAAUUCACUAUUCUCACACUAAAUUUUUGUAAUAAGAGAACUUGAGAGAUAUAGUAUUAUUUUCCGAAAACACAGGUAAUUAUGGAGAACACACACGUACCUUGGAGGUUCUAAGAACUGUCACUUCCUUGGUCCUUCCCUGUUCAUGUUGCAACAACCAAAUAAUGAAAUAGAUUAUCUGCUUUUACCUUUGCCCUGCUCGCUAGGGCACAGGUAGAUGCUGUGCAGUUGAGACAAAGGCUUUUGUAAGAAGGCUGAGAUUGAGGGUCUUUACACAAAGCGACUGACCGCUUACGUUUCCUCAGUCUAUCUAAGUUUGCUCUUUAUGAAGAGAAAGGACUUUUAAAAAGACAUCUAAAGUGCUAUUUUUUCCAACAUCUUAUGAAAAGUUUCAGCAAACAAAAAAGCAUACACUUACAUCCCACAUCUAUUUUUAAAUUACAGACUGCCAGUUUUUAAACAAAGAUUGUACCUUUUAGCUCCCUUUGGCAAGUAUCCGGUCAGAGGAUGUCCCCUUUCCAGUGAGGGUCAGCUCUCUGUCAGAGCCCCGCUUAAGUAGAUGUCUCUUAUUCAACUUGGACUGCCCAAGAUGCCGCCGGGCUCCAUCUUUUAGAAAGCUAGCUGGAUGUCCUUUACUUCUGACUGGAGCCAAAGUGGCUUUCCUUUCUGGCUGCAUGUCAUGUGAAGGCAACUGCAUAGCUGCACCGAAAGCCUGCCUUCUCCUCUCAGCUGACAUACCCUCAGGACGCUCACAUGCAAAUGCGCUCUUCACAGAACACGUGGAAGCAGGUAGCCGCUUGAAAGCAGGCUGUUUUUAGUUAUUUUUCUCAUGGAUGAAUUCACGCACUUUAAAAAUAUUUUAUUUGGUAUCUAGGAAGAAUGGACUUUUAAAGAAGUGUAUACUGUCCCGUUAUACGAAUACAGACAAGUUAGUCUGUAACUGUUUUAUAUUCAUGGGAUUAGAUAUUAUUGUGGAGUUUAUAAUAUAUGCAUUUUGUUUUUGGUGAGUCCUACUCGGUUCCUUCUGUGAGAGAACUGGGCAGAGCCCAGGCCCUAAAGUAUGUGAUUGUAUAUUUAUGUUUAAGGAGCACUCUACAAAAUGUUGCCUUUAACAUCAGAGUCUGUGGUUCUAAGGUGUGGAACUGAGUGACCCUAUCAUUUAUGUAGUUUUUUUUAAAAAUUUUUUUAGUACACAGGGGGUGGGGCACAAAUUAAACAACUUUGUGCUGCUUCAACUGCCUUUAAGGGUGGAAACGGGAUAGACCAGAGGAGCGGAGAGCGACCACACUAUCGGUCGGGUAUGUCCCAGAAUUCACUGAGUGCUUCAGUGGCGCCUUGCUCAUCAGAACUGUUUUGUAAGCCAGAAGCCUUACUGGUUCUCCUUGUGCUCAGUGGAGAAUCCUCCAGCCCAGUUUGCCAUCUGUCAACAGGGUUGGCUGCAUGCAUUUUUUAGUAGUUUCCUCUGCUAAAUGUAACCACGACCUGAGGUUUCCUGUCUCCAUCCUUUGGGGCAGAACAGAGGUAGCAGGAUGAGAGAAGGACUUGAGUCAGUUCCACUCGCGGGGUGCCGAAGCCACAGUUGCGAAUGUGUCCCUGCAGGCAUAAUUCAGAUGCCUUGUGUCCACCACCACAGAACCUACAGCCAUGAGAGUGCUGGGUAGCAAGCAGGCCUCCUGCAGGCUGACAGCAUACCACCCUGAACCACGCAGAGCAAACCACACACAGUUUUCUCUAUUAGGGCUUCUAUUUGGAGUUUCUCUUCAUGAUAAGCAUCCACACUGGCCUCUGUCCCUAGUUUCCUUCAUAUGACCAGAAGUGUAGAAUGCCUGCACUUUGGGAAAAGGGCAGCACGGGUAGGUGGCUCCCUCCGGAACCCCUGUUGGAAAAGGUGAGCUUUCAUCUGAAGAAGGGACUUGGUGUCAUUGCUGCUGUGCGGGUGCUUCAAUAAGGGAUGCAUUCUGUACAAAGCAGGUCACUGUAUUGAUACGUGCAUGUGCUCUGGGCGCUGUCACACUCCUUUGGGGAGCAGAAGAUGAGCAUCAGAACAGCCAGUAAGCUGGAUAUCUGAUUUCCAGUGACCUAAGUGAACAUUCUUUGUUCCUGGUGGUAUUUAGGGGGACACUCAUGCAAGAUUUUCUUGGAUCUGUAUGUAUCUGAUGCUGGCAAGUGACAGCUUUUUGCUUUGUAUAACUUUAUGUAGCACCUUGGGGCAUUCCCAAAGAACAUUCAGUUAUCUAGGGUGAACUGUGAUCCAAAAUGUAGGAAAACAUCCUAAGUGUUAUUUGGUCAGAUUGCAGUCACUGUUCCCUCUGGAUGUAGCACUGCUUUCUUGGACCAAGAAGGCCAACCAGAGCCUCUGUUUGAACCAUUGUCUCCAAGCUAAGAAAAUACAAUCAUCAGUAGAGUUAUUAAUAGGGUAUUGAUAAUUUGGCUCCCUUACAAAUAGUCACUCCUCAUGAAUAAAGUAUAGAUAGGACACUGGGUGUGAAACUGUAGGGCUGGUCCCUGGUGUGAACUCAUUAUCUGAUUUUUAGCAUGUGGAACACAGACAUGGCUCUUCAGUUUAAGAUACAAUAAAAAUGGUGCCCCAGAGACCUAGAAAUACACGCUGCUUUAUGAAAUUUCAGUUUCCUGUCAUUUUAAUUGGGUAACUUUUUGACUUAUCUGGGGGUAAAAUUGUGUGUGUGAAAUGACUUAUGGAAACAGUCUAUCUCCUAAAGUGCUGACAGGAUUAGGAAGAUGCUGGAGUUUGGAGCUGCAAUGAUGUGCGGUAUUACUGAAGAACCCUUAGUUCCCUGUCGGCUUAAGGCGCCCUCCUAAACUCUUCACUCAGGGUUGGAAUGUCUCGUCUGAUGUUCAUUCUUAGCUUCAGGCCAGGACACAUCUAGAAAACAUUGUCUUUAAUUCCUUCUCUCAUAUCCUAAGCAGUACAUUUUAUGCUAAAAAUACAUAUUGUGUCCGGUUCUGAGAUUAUUGUCCCGUUAGUGAAUUAGCUUUCAUUUAAUCAGUCUGAGUUAUUUCCAUUUAGUUAUGCGGUCUGGAAAAAGCAAUCCCAUGAUGCACGACUUUGGUGUAUCCGUGUUCUCUUAAUGGAAGCAUUUUGAAACUUACAGAAGAAAUGCUUGAUGCUUUGUAUUAAAAAAGCAUUUGCAAAUGCUUUGUAACAAAGGGAUAGAGUCUAGAGAGCAGAGAGGAAAAGCAGAAUGGGAAGGCAGGGAGGUGCUUGGCGCUCUCCUAACCGCAAUCUCAUUCACUUAUUCAUCCCAAGGGCUACUUUGGAGCCAUCAUCCAGAUCCAUGAGUGGUUUAAAGGUGAUUGUGUUUUCUUUCCAUAUCAUAUGCUGCUGCCAUGGUUACCAAAGGCCUGGAAGGGAAACUAUAUCACAGUCUUGUCUUUUUUCUUCAAAAUGCAAACAGAUCCAAACUAAUCAGCUAUUAUAGUCAACUUGUUUUUCAUGUCGCCCUGUCAUUAGAAGUGCUGCCAGAGUGUAUGAUCUCCACAUAAGAACGCUGCACCAAUUGCUACUUAGGUCUUCUGUUCUGCCGAGGGCCUUUUCUUCUGUCAUACUGCAUAUUUUCACCUCACGGCACUGAAUGUGUUUCUGUGAUACACGGUGGAUCCUGAGCCAUGGUUAAACAGCUGAGUUCUGUUGUUUUAUAGUAUGUGACAGUUUUGUGAAAUGCUUUUGUGCAUUUUUUGUCUUCUUUUCCAAGUUUUGAAAUCUGUCAUAAAUAAACUUUUUCACUGUGCACCUAAA